GAAGUGAAAUGAAUUGGUUUCACUGUAAUAACUGUUAUGUGAGAGAGGGGAAAAAAUUCGUAGUGUCCAGUUGUGGCCAUAUAUUUUGUGAGAACUGCGUAAAUACAAGUCAGUGCGGAAUUUGUCAUGGCAACUGCAACUACCUUCACAUAUCUGAUCAGAUGAAGCCACAGGAAAAGAUGUUUUUCAAAGAUCCAGUGAAACUCGUUCAGUCUCGACUGGAACAUAUUGCACAGAUUGCUAUUUUUCAGAAAAGGCAGAAGGAGCGAUACAUUGCAUUUCUAAGGAGCAGGUCUGUGGAACUAGAACGAAAAGUGAAAGAAGUCCGUGAUCAGUGCUACAGGCAAGUGUCUGAGCUGAAACAAGAGAACGAAGAACUAAAGAAACCGCUUUCUCAGAGGAGGACAUCUCCUGGGAGGUUUCCAAUUAAUGGAGGAACUCCAAGGAUGAUUCUUCCUGUGGCUGUCACAUCACCAGUCACACCUCGCUCAAGAGCUGUCAGUUCGGGCGACACUUUGGAGAGGUUUAGACAUUCCAGACUCGGCAUGACAACACCCCCAGGGUCAUCCAUCUCUAUGUCUAGCAUGAGUUCAGUACACGAACAAAGUUUCAGGACACCCAGCUCAGUUAACACUCCGACAAGGUCCCAACAUACAACCCCAAACAACUUUCAGUUCCAGCUUCUGGCUAGGCCUACAAUCCAGUCCCCAAGGCAAUAACCAAUAAUCAAUUGUAGCUAAUUUGGGUCAUUAGAAAGCCACUUCAUCAAUAUUGCACCAUUUCAAAAGAUGAGUGAUCUACUUCAUCCAUCCUUCAUAUCAGUAGAUAAAAUUGUAUUGACAUGAAUUUAUUUGAAAAAUACAGUUUUUAAGAUUUUGAGUAAAUAAAUGCUACAUAAGCCCCCCCCCCCC